CGCCGCAGUGCGCCGGGACCGAGCGAAGCCGAAAAGAGCCGGAAAGAGCCGAAGCGGAGCCGAACGGCGGCGAAGCGGGAGGCGGAAAGAGCCGAAGGCCGGGGAGCGAAAGAAGCCGAAGCGGAGCCGAACCGGACCCGCCUGAGGGUCCGGCCAUGCCUUGAAGCGGCUCCUCCGACCCGUCCCGGGCUCUUCCUCCUCAUCCUCCUCCUCCUCCUCCUCCUCCUGCGGCGGGGGAGGGGCCCAUGGGCCGGGCAGGGGGCUGAGGGGGCCGGAGACGCUGAACUGGGCCCAAACUGGGCCGAACUGGGCUCAACUGGGCCCAACUAGGCCGGAGAAAUCAGAGCCGGGCCGGAAAGAGGCGAAGUUAUCCGGAAAGAGCCGAAGCGGGAGCGGAAUAAGCGAAGUAAGGACGGAGCUGUACGGAAAGAACCGAACUGGGCCGGAAAGAAGCGAAGUGGGACGGAAAGAACCGAACUGGGCCGGAAGUAAGCGAAGCGGGCCGGAAGUAGACGAAGGGAGAGCGGGGAGGCUCGGAAAGAGCCGAACGGAGCCCGAAGCGGGUCGGAAAGAGCCGAAGGUGUCCGGAAAUUGCCGAAGUGCCGCCAUGUUGCUGUCGCUGCUCCUCGGGCUCCUCGAGGUUUCGGGGGCCCUGGGGGGCUGCGUGGAGGUGGCCUCGGGCACCGAGGCCGUGCUGGGGGCGCCGUUCCGGCUGCUCUGCAUCGCCUGCAAGCGCCGCAGCGAGACCCCGGCCGAGGCCGAGAGCGAGUGGUUCUUCCGGCCUGAGGGGGCCCCCCAGUUCGAGAAGAUCCUGCACUACAGCCCCGAGGAGGGCGAGUGGGUGGCUCCUGGGCCGUUUUUUGGGGUGAUGGCCUGGAACGGCUCGCGGGGCACGCGGGACCUGCAGGACCUGUCGGUGUGGCUGCGCGAGGUCAAGCACGGCCACGCCGGGCAGUACGUGUGCCGCCUGAAACGCAACCUCACCUUCGAGGGCUACACCUACAGCCUGGCCAGGAACCAGACCCUGCGGCUGGCCGUGGUGGAGAAAGCGCGGCGGGACCUGGCGUCCAUCGUCUCCGAGAUCCUGAUGUACGUGCUGAUCGUGGUGCUGACGCUCUGGCUCGCCGCCGAGAUGCUCUACUGCUACCGCAAGGUGGCGGCCGCGGCCCCGCCCCCCGACAGCGCGUCGGAGUACCUGGCCAUCACCUCGGAGAGCAAAGAGAACUGCGGCGGCGUCCAGGUGGCCGAGUGACCCCGAGUGACCCCUGAGUGACCCUGAGUGACCCCGAGUGACCACUGAGUGACCCCUGAGUGACCCUGAGUGACCCCUGAGUGACCCCUGAGUGACCCCUGAGUGAU